AACUAGAAUCUCUAUCUCUAUCACCUAUCAGGUAAUUUAAGGACUUAUUCAAAAGCAAGCAAAAGAUGACUCAAAAGGUGGAAGCACAAGGAGGUGUGGGUGGAGAUGUAUGGGAUGACGGUGUUCACGACGGCGUUAGAAAGGUGCACGUAGGCCAAGGCCAAGAUGGUGUGUCGUUUAUCAACGUUGUAUACGAGAAGGAUUCUCAGGAGGUGGAAGGAGGUGAACAUGGAAAGAAGUCACUACUUGGAAUCGAAACGUUUGAGGUCGAUGCAGACGACUACAUCAUAGCAGUGCAGGUGACCUACGACAAAAUCUUUGGCUAUGACUCCGACGUCAUCACAUCUAUUACCUUUUAUACAUCCAAAGGGAAAACAUCUCCUCCUUAUGGAUUGGAUACCGAAAAAAAGUUUUUACUCAAGGAAAAAAACGGUGGCAAACUUGUUGGGUUCCAUGGACGUGCUGGCGAGGUUCUGUAUGCUCUUGGGGCGUAUUUCGCUACGGAAACAACUCCUAUGUCUCCUGCCAAGAAGCUACCAGCAGUUGGUGAUAAUGAAGGAACUGCAUGGGACGAUGGUGCUUACGAUGGCGUUAAAAAGAUAUAUGUAGGACACGCCCAAGAUGGUAUAUCAGUCGUCAAGUUUGUGUACGACAAGGGCUCUGAGGAAAUUAUAGGAGAUGAACAUGGAAAUACUACAUUACUUGGAUUCGAAGAGUUUGAGCUUGACUAUCCGAGUGAAUACAUAACGGCUGUUGAAGGCACCUACGAUAAAAUAUAUGGGAGUGAUGCCAUGGUCAUAAAUAUGCUUAGGUUCAAGACUAACAAGCAAACCUCUGCUCCUUUUGGAAUUGAGGCUGGCACACCAUUCGAACUCAAAGAGGAAGGCUACAAGAUCGUUGGUUUCCAUGGCAAAGUAAGUGAGCUGCUUCAUCAGUUUGGAGUCCAUGUCCUUCCAAUCACUAACUGA